AUGCCGGGCGGCCGCCCCUCCGCAGAGCCUGUGGACGUGUCACCAGCCCAGAGCCCGGUGGUAGAGACGGAGUCCACCUGGCUCACCUACACCGACUCGGACGCGCCGCCCAGCGCCGCGGCCACCGACAGCGGCCCCGAGGCGGGCGGCCUGCACGCGGGUGUGCUGGAAGAUGGACCGUCCUCCAAUGGUGUGCCCCGAUCCACAGCUCCGGGUGGAAUGUCCAACCCAGACAAGAAGCUGAGCUGUGGGACCCAGUGCCCGAAUCCCCAGAGCCUCAACUCAGGCCCUCUGACCCAGAAACAGAAUGGCCUUCGGACCGUGGAGGCUAAAAGAGAUGCUAAGCGAAUGUCCGCAAAAGAAGUCACCAUUAACGUUACAGACAGUAUCCGACAGGUGGACAGAAAUCGAAGAAUGGCGAAGAACUGUGUUAACUAGCAGAGUGUUCCACUAGAAGGGCAGGUGGACUUCUUUGGCGCCCUCUGCAUGCUGGACCCCAUCAAGGAAUCUUGAAGAAGUGGGUGGCCCUUGCUGGAUGGGAAUAAUGCAGCUGCCUUGAGAGACUGUCUUACCUGGCAGGCCAAUGGCCACCUGGGCUUCUGGGACAUUCUCAGCCUCCUGCUUGCCGCGUAAAUGAAUUGGCACAGUACUUGCAUAGGGUAAUAAGCUGCAAAUGUGCAGUCAGUUUGCCUGUUUGCAACUCCUGCAGUGUGGUCUCAUGUAAAAGAGGUGAGCGAAAGCCGUAGGUGGGCUAAUGAAACAGAAAAGUAGGAGUAGGUUUCCUGGUGAGAAAUGCUCGCAUGGGUUCCAAGCUCUCCUGCCCAUGGUCGUGUGCGCUGUUCCGGCCUAGUUUAUGCUUUCGUUCUUUCAUUCUGAAUACUACCAUCAGAACGCUGACCGUGUUCACUUACAAGCUGUCUUUCACCCAGAUGCAAAUCCAGAUCCGGGAGAAAUCACGAACAGGAAAAUUCCCGGCUAUACUUGUUUCCUUAGCUCAGUAGGAGACACAUUCAGAUCCACUUUCACACGAACUAACCCCCCAACACCCACAGUGUGUUUUGGGAGCCCUCCAUGAUGCAGUCACAGCCAUUUCUCGUCUGCCUUCAAUGUCCCCCCAUACCGGUGUCCACAUCAGCCUCCGUACCGCAAUAUCGUGGUCACUGUGGUCAACGCACCCAACCUAGGACGCCCCUCGGGGCUCAGCCACACACUACGCUUUCAAAGCUUUCCAGGUCUCUUUGCUUGUGCUCUUAAGUGUUUGCUGUCUCUGGCUGGGUCAUUUGCAAUUGCUGAUCAAAGUGCGGACACAGCUCACAAGAGGGAGAUAAUCCAGAACCCAUCAGCAGCACACACGGCUUCGCUUGGGGCGCUCGGACAUGGCGCCGGGACUGCAUCAUCUGCUGUGUGCGAAGGCAUCGCUUUGGAAAGCCCGGACCUGGUUGCUGUGCAUUCACGCUGACGUGAGAUUGACGCGCACUGUGUUACACAUCAGAGGCAGUAAAAAAAUGUCUUGAUAGAUUACAGUUAUCUAACAUCUCUUUAAACAUGUUAAGUGGAAGUAUCUUCUUCCAAAGUAACGUAACAUGAUUUGUAAAGGACUGUUAACAUGCCUGGAUUGGGAAAGGUAGGACUAAAGGUGUACCAGACGAUACCGAUAAACUCCAUGUUUAGCAGAAAGAGGCAGCCUGACGGUGUGUGUUUAUAUGACAUGGUCCAGAGAAUUGACAUGCCUAGAUUAAAAUUUAGAAACUCAGCCUCAUUACCUGCCAAUUUUAUUCCUCAAACACAAGCAAACAGUGACCGACCCUUCCUUCCUUCCUUCCUUCCUUCCUUCCUUCCUUCCUUCCUUCCUUCCUUCCUUCCUUCCUCCCUCCCUCCCUCCCUCCCUUCCUUCCUUCCUUCCUUCCUUCCUUCCUUCCUUUCCGUAGACUGUGUAUUUAUUCAUUUAGGAUUAAAUACCAACCCUGCACCAGGCACCUUACAGAUGCUGAGAGAUUUGGAGUCUAGCCAGUCACACUUGUAUAUCCUGAAUCUAACAGCGGACCUUAAUAACUAGGGGACUACCUUCGGCCCUAAGGUAUAGGGUGUGUUGUGAAUUGCUCUGCAGUGGAACUCACUUUUACAUUCAGAAUAGAUUUCUCUCUUAAACCCUAUAUCUGGGCGUUCUCCUGAUCAUUGCACAAGCCUUUGCCCUGCACAAAACUAGUUUUCCUAAGCCUCUAUCAUUUUGUGGUUCUUCGAGAAAGGGAUUUUAGGGAACUUCAUGUUCUGAAAGUGAAAAAAUAAUGAUAAAAGCAAACCUGUGAUUCCUAUGGCCCCACUGGCAUUACUCAGCAGGAGCUUAGGACCAACUGCCUAAGGUCGGCAAUGAUCCUGUAAGUUCAAGGCCUUGUUCUCCCAGGGCACGUGUGUCGUGUUUCUGUGUGGGGUGUUCCUGCCCCCCUCGUGUGCUGUCAGUCGUAGACGACACCAGUUUCUCUUCACAUCCUUGUUUUUGCCUAACUUAACUGCUGCAAGCUGUUUGGGAUUUAACUCAAGAGGGUGUCUCUCUCAUAGAAACAAGGUCUCACUCCUGGGAGAGAAGGGAAUGAAGGGCGUAUAUGAUCUGCCGCUCCCUGGAACACUCUGGAUUUCACAAAGACAGUGAUCAGAAGUUAAACCAUGCUACUGGAAACUCAUCUGGAAAUUUUUUCACGUGUGUAUGAUGCAAGAACCUAGUCUCAUGAUCCUAUUAACGUCACACUUUCUAUUGCAAAGUUUGUGUCAAUAAAGUCAUCAAUU